AUGACCUUGUUAAACUUUCUCUUCCUUCUUCUCGCCGUACAGCUACACACCUGCGUAACAGCCCUGGAUCCUCGCUCUACGUCGUGGAGUAGAGCGCUCCAUAUUGUCGGUCGACAAACUUCUAACAUCCCAUCGCAAUGUCAGACGCCCUGCACUGCUGCUAGUGCCUUGGUCAAUGCGAAUUGUACUCCGGCCCAAUGCUGCACGUCUAGCUUUGAGAACAACUAUGUGUCUUGCAUUGAAUGUGUUGGGAGUGCUGCGAACAUUACGGACUAUUCCUCGUUCCAAACAAUCGUGGACGAGUUGGUUGUUCAGUGCUCGAUUCAGGGAAUAGCAAUACCCAAAGUCACUUUCCCUGGUCAAGACGAGAAUAGGCCGCUGUCUACUUCGGCCAUAGCAUCGUCUACUCCAGGUACAGCAUCCGGUUCCAGCGCUGGUAGCAGCACGCCAAUUUCGCAAUCAACAAUAUCGGGGACUUCAGUUAUCACAACCGCCACAUCCCAUAUCUCCGCAUCUGUGUCCAGCAUUGUGCAAAGUACUAUAACCAGUGAGCCGGUAUCAUCGGCACCUGCCAGUGUUACCUUACGCUCGAGUGCACCUGCAUCAUUAAGCACUACACCUGCCGCCUCAGGAACUGCUCCCGCGGCUUCAGGAACUGCUAACUCGGCCGUGGCAAUGGAGGGCGAGACGUUGUGGAUGGUACCUGCCUUAGUUGUCCUUUUUCUUCUCCAUGGUGUAAAGCCUUGCGAUCAGGAAAUCAGGCGUGGAAUGGGGACCUGUGUAUUAAUUAUCACCGGGGACAGUGACUAA